CAUACAAUUUCAAAUAAAUAGCAACAAAUAUCAAAUUGCAAUGGACUGUUUAAUACCAGGAGCAAAUAUGCGAGUGGUGAAUAGAACCAUUCAAGCAUUAAGCAAAAUAUCUGAUGAACUCUACAUUGAAGGUGAAAUAGAUAAUCUCUCCUUCGUGGCAAUGAACAUGAACAAAACUGCUUAUGCAAAAUAUACAUUUCACUCAAUAUUCUUCGUGAACUAUAAAAUUGAGGAUGGCAGUGAUGAAAAGAUCACUUGCAAGAUUCACAUGAAAUCAUUGCUGAAUGUUUUCAAAAACAAAAUUGAUAGGAAAGUUGAAAUGUGCAGGAUACUGUUUGAUAAAGAUGCCACACAAAUAUUAUUCAAACUCAAGUACAAACAGGAUAUCAUGGUUGUUCAUAAUCUGAAGUUAAUUGAUUUUGACUACUUGACUAUUGAUUACAAUACAGAAGAUGCUAAGAAUAAUAUCACAGGGACAGGGGUUUUUUUCAAUCAGAUAUUAUCAAAUUUUCAAACAUCUGACAGCAGUUUAAGUUUGGAAGUUAAUUCCAAUAAGAUUACUUUGAGGAAUUACGAUGUUGGAGUGUCCACUGUGUACAAAGGAAUGCGAUCCCAAAUAGUCUUAACUGGAAACGAAUUUGAUAGUUAUUCAAUUGGCGAGGAAACCAAUAUUGUUUUAUCGCUGAAGCCUUUCAGAUCAGCAAUUAGUUUCGGCGAAUUCUUCAAUAUACCAAUUAUGUUACAUUUUAAGAACGGCGGAUGGCCGAUUAUAUUGCGAAUGAAAAACACCACCUUCAAUGUGGAUUAUAUUUUGGCUACUGUUAAUCCCGAUGAUUCUGAGUCACAAUCGACAACAACCAGCGAAGUCUUGGAUCCUGUACUGAGGUGUGUGCAGAAUCGUAAUAAUGCGGAAUGCGUUAAUCUUUCCAUGGAGGUGGAUUCCUCAGAGAAGGAUUUAACGUUGGCCGAUAAAGAAGCCAUGGAAAGUGUUAAUUGGGAUGACAACGAUUUUGACAACGAUGUUACCAUGAGUCCUCCUAUAACCAAAAGGAAUGUCGAGAAAGAGAAGAUGGCGAAUAUUUUCGGACGGUGUUUUGAUCCGACAUUUCAUACUUCCAUGUUAGAUUUUGGCGAAGAACUGGCUCCUAAUAGUGAUUCAGAUUAAAAUCGGAACAAAUAAUAGAGUUUUAACAAAAUACAGAUGAUCAGAAUCUCAAAUGAACAAACAUACUUUUUGUAAGAUUUAAAAGUAUAUUC